AAAGCAAAAGCUUGCCAGUAUCACAGCAUUUACGAUUAAAAAUGCAAACUUCUAAAUCAUAUUUAGAUGCGAAAUGCUAAAUAUGAUGUUUUCAUAGUGAAUCACAAAAGACAAAAGUAGUUUUACUCUGUUAAUUCUUUGAUAAAGGUAAAGAAACAUGAGAGAAAAAUUAACAAAUCAUCUAUUUAUGUAAACAAGUGAAGGAAAACAUAUAAAAUACGUUUCCAAUUUGUUCUUUUUUUGAUUUAUUUGUUUUAAUAAUUUGCAUUCAACGUAGCUGUCUAUACAUGUAAAAUUACAGUUGUCAAUCAACCUGAUUUAUCAUGAACAAUAACACAAUCUACAGCAAUCUACCUUGUUGCUUCACUAUUGAUCUCGUUUUUUAUUUUUUCAAUAUGCUAUUAUCUACUUCAGAAACCUUCACGGAAAUAGUUGUCAACAAAUCAUUUCUCUCAAAUUGGGACUUGAUGUCAAAAUAUGUUAAUAAGUUUUAAAAAUAUCAAUUUAAUAGCCUUCCGAAUGUUACAGCGCUUAAAUGAAAACCGCGUCGUCUAUUGUCAAUUAUGAAAAUUAAUGACGGUAUUACUGAUGCGUUCAAUACCUCUAUACAUCCUGAUAGAAUGUUAAUUGUGAUAUUUUUGAAUACGUUAUAGAGCAGUUGUAACAUUUCAUGAUAUGCUACAGUUAGUGGAACUGUGAAUCAAGCAGACGAGAGCUUUGGAAAAUGAAUAAUAAAUACGCUUUGGCAUUCAUUGCUGCAAUUUUGGUACAAGGAAUUUUGGCAAGAAAUAAAUCAGUUUCUAUUUUCGCUCGUUCUGUUGGUUGCCGUGACAAAUGCGUCGACUGCCGAUCGUAUGCACGAGUCAAUGACGUCACAUAUACACAUAACCAUCCUGGACUUCGUAUAGUUGCUGUUAAUAGCAAGACUGGAAACAUUGACAAAAGUGGAAAUUUUCAAAACAUAAAAUUCAUAGAUGGCAGAGAAAAGUUAAAACUGUUUCUAAAAACUAUCAAACCACGGUCACUUGUCGUUAUGACAAUGCAUACAAUGUGCUCUUCAAAUAAUGCAAAUUGGUAUAACUUCAUACAGAAAAACUCAAAUUUAACCUUAAAAAGCUUAAAAGCUGACUCAUAUGAAACAGCUGUUGUUAUCACAUGUCAGCAGGAGUGUCCACAUGGUUCGUACUCGCAAAAGAUUCCAUUUUACCGAUUCGAAGAAGCCGGCUAUGGACCGUUGCAAGAAUAUGCUAACAUAACAUUGUUUUUAGAUAACGUUCCAAAGACGUCAUUGCAAAAAACGAAAGAAGAAGAACAUACCAACUUAUUUAUCAUCAUCGGAUCACUUUCGGCAUUAUGUUUUCUAAUCAUAACUAUAACAGCAGGGUGUUUCUGCUAUAAACAAUAUCGAGCAAAAGCUAUAACCAGACCGCCCAAAGUCGAAGAACCCAUAAAAAUAAAUGGAAAAAUAAAAAACUGGUUACGUCAGAAGAACCAAGAUGAAAUAAAUAAAGAAAUAAGUAAAUCGAACGCUAGCGAGACUGGUCGAAAAGAAUUUGAUAACAGAGGGUACCGUGGUGAUGUAGUAAGAUUUUCCAUAACAUCGUUAGAUACGUUUAGUACCUUUCAAACGAUAGAUCGUCCACGGAAGAGUUUUCCAAACCACGACGAAAGAGUUUAUGAACAAACGCAAGACAAUAACACAGAUAGGCAAUCACAAGCAUCGAUUACAAGCGCCAUGCAAAUCCAAGAACAAAGUAUUUACUUAGAACCAGUAGAACAAAACGAUUCGAAUAGAAGAAGUGUUCGUCUGUACUCGAGGCUGAAAGACGCCUUAGCAUCCAACAGAGAAAGUAAAACUUUAGAUAAUCUUGAUACCAACACAGCGAGAUAUGAGCCAAGUUCUAGUUUCCAAUUAUUUUAUUCAAAAGACAACAUAAAGGCUAUCAAGCCUGACACUUUAGCGUUCGCUGAAUAUCUUAAAGUUGAAAGACACGGUCCAAUGUACAAAAAACCCUCAAAUGCAUUAAAACAUGAUCCGCCCACCCACAUUCCUGAGAGUGUCCCUUAUAAGCAAGAACAACCUGAAGAAGUUCAUGAUUACGAACUACCAUGCAGCCAAAAUAGUUUUGAUUUAAGUGAUUUAGAAGUAGGAAAGGAACUUAGCUGUACUUCACUGCCGGGACCACACACAUCAGAAGCGUAUGGGAAGUUAGUUAUUAAUGCAACUAAAUUUUAAUUAGAUUCCCCAAUAUUUUAAUUUUGUGAAUAAAACACAAUUUAAUAAAAAACAGUUUAUAAAUUUGUAACAGUGAAUUUCUAACAAAUAUGCCUCAAUAACUAUUGAUCACCCUUUAAUUAGGGAGUUAUUUUCAAACACUAUCCGAUACUUAUGGUUAAAUGGGCUACAACUAGUUGUUCAUGAUUCAACCACUAUAGGACACAAAUAACUAAAGUCGCACAAAUAAAUACUCAUUUUUUAUGAUGAGCUCUUUAUUCAAAACUUCGAUUUUAGAGUAACUUUAUUUAUAAGUAAUUUUAUCUGCUUUAUGUGAAAUGGUUUCCAACUCUUCGAUUUAUUGAAGAUUAUCCAUGACUAAAUUAAUUAAACAAAGCAAUUUUUUGUUCUCCUUUUUUCGUUGUUAUUUUGUUUCUAAUGUUUUGCUAUCUAAUAAUUAUUUCUUUUUUGAAUUAUUUUUGGAGGCCUUUCAGCCAUAAAUCGGGAUAAAAAAUCAGUGGAUGUAAAAAUUUCGUUUUUUAUAGUUAAACAUCUUAGGAGUACUACUCUAUAUUUGCAGUGUUUUAUAUUUGUAGUUAAAUGUAAAAAUGUAUUUAUUAAUUGCUAAAAAAAUCUUAGAUCAGUUUAACUCUUGCUUUCUUUAUAGUUUUUCUUUAAAUAAUAUAAAAGAUAUGAACGUGUGUGAGUGCGAGACACAAAGCGAUUGGAUAGAGUAAUUACACUUGUGAAAGAAAGUGCAAAUAUUUAUUUUGUUGCUUAUUAUAAUAUUCUAAACAAACAAAACUUGCUUCAUCAGAAGUAAAAGCUUUCACUAAUCUCACAAAAAUUCAUCAAAAUAUUCCAAAAUAAAAUGACAUGAUAAAAGGCAUUGUCAUGCUCCUGGAAACUGUUGUUUAGCCCGAAAGAAAUGGAUAAUGCAGUGGGAUAUACAAGCAUCACAAAAAAAUUUUAAUGUCCAUGUCUAGUUACUAAACAUUUCGAGCUGCGACUGAGACCGUUUUAAUGAAAGCCAGGCUUUAUUACUCAAGACUAUGUUUUAAUACAUGUAUAAUUGUAUAUAAUAUAUGCUACCACAAAUUGUUCAUAAAAUAUUUACACUUGUUAUAAACACACAUACUCCAGAGCUCGCGUACCAUGGAGAGAGGGAGGAAUGAUAGAUAGAAUAGAAUGCGUGUCAAAA